AUGUCAUCUCAUCCAUCCGCAGAAUCGAAAGGACCAAUACUAUCGCCCCCAUCGCCACAAAUGCACGCUUCCCCGGAGGUCCCGCAACUUAGAAAGACAUCCCCUCCACCCCCGAAAGAUAUUGCUGCUUCAUCAGCCUCUGAACCGUUUUCGGACACAGAAUCUCGCGCAAGAGCAAGGUUUCGAUCUAAGUCUCCAAGUCUUACGAGAAGCAAUGACUGCCAGGCGCCUGCUACUACGACAGCCCCAAAAUCUAAUGGAUUUCUCUCCCCCCCAUCAGCUAGUUGGAGGAGCUUCUCAAGAAGCCCCAGCCCCCUAGGUCUAAUACCAAUCCAUCAAACCUUUCGACAGCUGGUUCAUCGACACGAGGUCCCUCGUAAGGUCUUGCAUGUGUCUAUUGGAUUCCUUGUCCUACAUCUCUACAAGACUGGAGUGCAACCCGCAACUCUAACACCAGGUCUCGGCUAUGCAUUAAUACCUAUCGUUUCAGCUGAUUUGCUGAGAUUCGUUUCGCCUUCCUUCAACUGGCUUUACAUUAGAGUGCUGGGUGCAUUGAUGCGAGAAUCGGAAUUCUCUGGUUGGAAUGGUGUAAUUUGGUAUAUGAUCGGCACUUGGACCGUCCUCGCCGUAUUUCCCAAAGAUAUUGCGACACUUUCUAUUCUCCUUUUAUCAUGGUGUGAUACUGCUGCAAGUACAUUCGGUAGGUUAUUCGGGCGAUACACUCCUCAGAUAAGAAAGGGCAAAAGUUUUGCCGGGUCGCUUGCGGCUUUCAUGGUUGGAAGCGCUGCUACUGCGUAUUUUUAUGGGAGGUUGGUUCCAGACACACCGCUUUGGCCAAACGAUCCUACACCCGCUCUUAGCUACCUUGGCGGGCUUCAUUUACCAGUAGUCGGAGAAGUCGGGGGGUCGAUAGCGCUAGGGAUUGUAAGCGUGGUUACAGGCUUGAUUGGAUCUGUUAGUGAGUUGACUGAUGUAUGGGGUUUGGACGAUAAUGUCGUGAUACCUGUUCUCAGCGCGGCUGGGAUUUGGGGUUUCUUUCGGGCCUUUGCAGCAUAG